CCGUUGACGACCCUUUUCUACUCUUUUUUUUUUUAUUAUUAUUUUGUUCUAUUCCUUAUACCCCCCUUUCUAUUUGACUCUAUCUCCCUUCUUUCCUCUCCCCCCUUCUUUCUCCUCUUUCUCUCCACCUUGUUUUAUUUGAAAUGGCUAAUAAGAAACAAGCAUUCUCAGUACGUCUAAAUCGUGAAGCAUAUAAUAUGAUAAUGCGACAACCACAGUCUAUGCGGAUAGAAAUGGGUGAUACUUCUUCGAUUAUGUUUAUAGGUGACCGUCCAUUUGAUUUGAAUCUUCGAAGAGAAUUGUCUACUGUACAACUAUAUGAAAAGGACCAACUUACUAGACAGGAAGACGAUAAUCGAAUACGAUAUGUAGGUGAUAUUACUCAUGUAGGUCAUAUGAAACAAGUAUUAUCCGAAGAAGACAAGAAACGUAUACGAAGUCGCACUGAACAAAUUGAAAAGGAAAAGAAUGCAAGAAGGAUCGAACUUUUGGAGGUACCAAGUAUUCCUACUCCAUCUAAACUAUACAAUUCUCCUUCAAACCAUACUAAACGACAUAACAACAAUUUACUUUCACCCUCCUCAAAGCCACAUACUUCUACUUCUCCUGCAACCGCCACAACUCCAAAUACAACAAGUGUGGGACGUUUGGAAGGUGCAGCCUUAGCAAACCUUCGGGAAAGAUUGAUUCAUUUAUUGGCUUUGGACCCUCGACCUACUGAUCAGCUGAUACAAAUGCUCAAGGUAGCACCUGUGGAUUUAUUACCAUUACUGAAAAUAGUGGCGGUUCAUACAAACUCCAAUUGGUGCUUACGACCUGAACUAUUUAAGGAAAUCCGAAUCUGGGAAUGGUCUCGCUAUGACGACAAGGAACGGGCAACGGUACGCAAAAAGGCUGAAGAUGCUUACAAUUUCUUAGGACUUCCACGUAAUGCUCCUGAACGAUCCAAUUUGAUUCAACGCAAACCACAUCGAGUAUCUCCCAAAUUGAUUCCUCCACCAUCACAACAUAAUAGCAAUACUACCCCUACCAAAAAUGGUUCACAUACACCUAAUAUCGAUCAUUCUAUCAAUACUACACCUACCAAUACUAAUAUACAUCAUCAAAACAAUACUCAUAAAUCUGGUCGAUUAGAAAUGGAUGAUCACAACCCCAAAUUAUCCAAGAAAAAAACAUCAGAAAAACAGACAAAAUCCAAAUCAUCAUCUUCGGAACCAGCAACAACCAAAUCUUCCUCACCGAAAACAAAAACAUCUCAUGAAAUCAAGAAACCAAAAAUACCAAAAGUACAACGAUCCAAUAAUGACCAAGAAUUAAGUACAGAUAUAGAAGAGGAUGAUGAUGACGAUAAGCAUAGAUUACAACCAACCAAACGGAAACUCAGUGAGGAGGAUGGUACCAGCAUCAAGAAACAAAAAUACGUGGCGCCCACCAUACACACACAGCAGGACUUUGAUAUGUUAUGCAAGGAACACCAGGAUACACAACAAGAUUAUAUUCGAUUCAAGAGGACCUUUGUACAGAAUCAUCCACUUUACAUCCAAGCGUUGAUGGCAGUCAAUGAACAAGACAAGGAAUUGUUUGCGCGAAAACUCAAAGCUUAUUACAAGUCCAAAGGUGGAGAUAUGAAUAAGUGGCGAUUACUGAUGCAACUUUCCAGGCAAUUCAAUGGCACUCAUACAAAAAUCAAUAUCAUGUGGGAUACCAUAGAAAAGGCUUAUCGACAACACAAAUUCUCACUUCGUUUGAAUCAACAUAAUCGAAAAUCAUCAUCGUCAUCUUCUUCUUCUUCUUCUUCAUCCACUUCACCACCCAAAUCGGCAUCUACUAUAUCAACAUAUCGCAAACGAACUUCACGUUAGAU